AUGGGGCCCGUUAGCCUAACAGGGUACAAAGCCAUAUCUCAAAAAUAUAUACCACGCAAAACGGGAAUGACUGCUACGCUGGUGAGCAACCAACUCACGGCUAUACAACACGAAUUCGACAAUUCUGCGGCAGAUUACACGCUAACAGAAAUUAUUCCCGCCAAGAAAGAGCAGAUGAGCCUGUACGUCCUCAACGUGUACAGCUCCCCGAAAGAUCAAUCCAGAGAAGUCACGGCAUUGCUAGAGUCGACCACGCAACUAGCCAAAAAGGGGCAACUAGUGAUAACAGGCGACUUCAACGCGCCACACGUCGAAUGGGGAUACCACAAGUCGUUCAAGAAAGGAAACAUCCUGUGGAACAAAAUCCAAGAAUUGGGACUCUCGCUACUAAACGAUCCUCACACAGCGACCAGAACUGGCAACAGCAUUAGUAGAGACACCACCCCGGACCUCACGCUAGCAAAGAAUGUCAAGAACCCCGUCUGGCGGAACACCGGCGCGGAUCUCAACAGUGAUCAUUACAUCCUUGCCACUACCCUUCGCACGGAGAGUAGUAAGAAGAGUUGGAAACGAACUAAAUUCACAGAUUGGGAUAAAUUCAGGAAAGAAAGGAAUCAAACGGCCCCGCCUGAAAUUGAAGACAUCGAAGAAUGGGUCAAAUCCAUAUGUAAAAGUGUAGAUUCGCAUACGAGCGAAAUACCAACCGAUGCCGAACACUGUAACCUCGAUUCCAGAUUGGCACAGAUGUGGGAGGCAAGAAACAGUCUCCUGAAGAGAUGGAAAAGACAAAGGCUCAACAAAAGGCUACGAAGUAGAAUCGCCAAACUCGAAAGUGAAAUCGAGCGACAUGCGAGACAACUCACCCAGCAAGAAUGGUAUCAAACUUGUGACAGCCUAAACGGACAACUAGGGAAUAAGAAGACGUGGCACCUGCUUCGCCACCUUCUCGACCCCACGCAGUCCAAGUCGGCUGCGCAAGGACAGCUCGCUGCGAUCAUCCAUCAAUACCCCGGGGACGGACAAGACUUCUUGGACCUCCUCCGGAAGAAAUACCUGAACACCGCAGACGACGGAGAAACGAGCCCACAAUAUUCGGGGCGACCACACGUGCAGCUGGACGAGCCGUUCACUGACGCAGAAGUCUGA